CACCUAGAGACGCCGCGCCGCUUGGGUGCCUCUGCGCGUGCGCAGGCGGAUCAGCACGGCAGUCUUCAUCUUUGCCGCCGCGGCCACCUUCCCGGGAUUUAAGUCUCGUGCUUUCUUCGUUCGCUCGCCGGCGGGUUCGCGCCCUUCUCGCGCCCUGGGGCAGCGAGACUGGGGAAGGGGUUGGAGGGGGCUGUUGAUCUCCGCCUUUAAGUUGGGCUCGGGGCGGCCAUGUCGGCCGGCGAGGUCGAGCGCCUAGUGUCGGAGCUGAGCGGCGGGACCGGAGGGGAUGAGGAGGAAGAGUGGCUCUAUGGCGGCCCAUGGGACGUGCAUGUGCACAGUGAUUUGGCAAAGGACCUAGAUGAAAAUGAAGUUGAAAGGCCAGAAGAAGAAAAUGCCAGUGCUAAUCCUCCAUCGGGGGUUGAAGAUGAAACAGCUGAAAAUGGCGUACCAAAACCGAAAGUGACUGAGACUGAAGAUGAUAGUGACAGUGACAGUGAUGAUGAUGAGGAUGAUGUUCAUGUCACUAUAGGAGACAUUAAAACGGGAGCACCACAGUAUGGGAGUUACGGUACAGCACCUGUGAAUCUUAACAUUAAGACAGGAGGAAGAGUUUAUGGAACUACAGGAACAAAAGUCAAAGGGGUAGAUCUUGACGCCCCUGGCAGCAUCAAUGGGGUUCCGCUCUUAGAGGUAGAUUUGGAUUCUUUUGAAGAUAAACCAUGGCGUAAACCCGGUGCUGAUCUUUCUGAUUAUUUUAAUUAUGGGUUUAAUGAAGAUACUUGGAAAGCUUACUGUGAAAAACAAAAGAGGAUACGAAUGGGACUUGAAGUUAUACCGGUUACCUCUACUACAAAUAAAAUUACGGCCGAAGACUGUACUAUGGAAGUUGCACCAGGUGCAGAGACCCAAGAUGGCAGAUUCAAUCUUUUUAAGGUACAGCAGGGAAGAACUGGAAAUUCAGAGAAAGAAACAGCACUUCCAUCUACAAAAGCUGAGUUCACUUCUCCUCCUUCUUUGUUCAAGACUGGACUCCCACCAAGCAGAAACAGCACCUCUUCUCAGUCUCAGACAAGUGCUGCCUCCAGGAAAGCCAACUCAAGCGUUGGGAAGUGGCAGGAUCGAUAUGGGAGGGCCGAAUCACCUGAUCUAAGGAGAUUACCUGGAGCAAUUGAUGUUAUUGGUCAGACUAUAACUAUCAGCCGAGUGGAAGGAAGGCGGCGAGCAAACGAGAACAGCAACAUACAGGUCCUUUCUGAAAGAUCCGCUACUGAAGUAGACAAUAAUUUUAGCAAACCACCUCCAUUUUUCCCUCCAGGAGCUCCUCCCACCCAUCUUCCACCUCCUCCGUUUCUUCCACCUCCUCCAACUGUCAGCACUGCUCCACCUCUGAUUCCACCACCAGGUAUUCCAAUAACUGUACCACCUCCAGGUUUUCCUCCUCCACCAGGCGCUCCUCCUCCAUCUCUUAUCCCAACAAUAGAAAGUGGACAUUCCUCUGGUUAUGACAGUCGUUCUGCACGUGCAUUUCCAUAUAGCAAUGUUGCCUUUCCGCAUCUUCCUGGCUCUGCUCCUUCAUGGCCCAGUCUUGUGGACACCAGCAAGCAGUGGGACUACUACGCAAGACGAGAGAAAGACCGAGACCGAGACCGAGACCGAGACAGGGAACGAGACCGUGAUCGGGACAGAGAGAGGGAGCGCACCCGAGAGAGGGAGCGGGAGCGCGAUCACAGUCCCACACCGAGCGUAUUUAACAGUGACGAAGAGCGAUACAGAUACAGGGAAUACGCCGAGAGAGGCUACGAGCGGCACAGAGCCAGCCGAGAGAAGGAAGAGCGGCACAGGGAACGGCGGCACAGGGAGAAGGAGGAGACCAGACACAAGUCUUCCCGAAGUAAUAGUAGACGUCGUCAUGAAAGUGAAGAAGGAGACAGUCACAGGAGACACAAGCACAAAAAAUCUAAAAGAAGCAAAGAAGGAAAAGAAGCCGGCAGCGAGCCCGCCCCUGAGCAGGAGAGCACCGAGGCCGCCCCUGCAGAAUAGGCAUGCCUUGGGCCUCUGUGUACAGUAGCACCCCACACGUAGAUACUAUGAAUCUUGUUAUUUUUUCUGCAUAAUGUUUAAGAAAUUUACCUUUAAUCUUGUUCUGUUAGUAUGAAAAGUUAACUUUUUUUUUCCCAAAAUAAGAGAGUGACUUUUUCAUGUUAAGUUAAAAA